AUAUUUUGAGGGUUGUGCGGUAUAUUUGCUCGAUAUUCAUCGGUCACCCUGACAGAGACAGAAACGUGCUAUUUUUUCUCAGGUUGCGAUUUCUUGGUGAAAAAAAAAUAGUGAAAAUGGGCGUACAAGUUGUUCCAAUUGCUCCCGGUGAUGGCAGCACAUUCCCCAAGAACGGACAAAAAGUCGUCGUGCACUACACUGGAACCUUGGACGAUGGCACCAAGUUUGAUUCGUCCCGGGACCGCAACAAGCCUUUCAAGUUCACCAUCGGCAAGGGCGAAGUCAUCCGCGGUUGGGACGAGGGCGUUGCUCAAUUGAGCGUUGGCCAGCGCGCCAAGCUUAUCUGCUCCCCGGACUACGCCUACGGCAGCCGUGGACACCCAGGAGUCAUCCCCCCCAACUCCACCCUGACUUUCGACGUUGAGUUGCUCAAGGUCGAAUAAGUAGCCGGAGCGAGAGUGCAUGUGUGUGGGUGCCUGUGUGAGCACGGCCCAACUGCAGGUGGCUGUGCGUGUGUAUACCAUCAGAAGCACGGACAAGCGCACACACUGUUUCAAUGCAAUCAACACCUAGAGCACAGAGCCACGGCGGCACACCACUACCAAACCAGAACAAUCCAGCAGCAUUUGAAUUCUACUCAAAAGAAAGCAAAUUAGACGUAAUUUAAUCGAAAGGGAAACGCAUCUUCUACGCAUACUAAAUAAACUAAACAUUUAUUCAA